AUGUCCAGCGGUCCUGAUCCUAGUAAGGGACUCUGGAGCAGACCUUCGACAGAGAUGGCUUCGUCUUUGAGGCAGCACACCGGCGGACCCAUGGUCGGCAAACUACUAUGCCAGAUGGAAGACAAAGCGGCGAUGUCUCGGCAAGAUCAGGCCUAG